AUGGUGUAUAAUGAGGUGAACAUGAGGUUCCCAAGCACCAAAGGCACCCCCGUAUUCACUUUGCUGCGAGAUCCCUACAUCCUAGUUGCUGCAGGUGCCCUGUGCUUUGCUAACAUGGGGGUGGCAAUGCUGGAGCCCACGUUACCCAUCUGGAUGAUGCAAACCAUGUGCUCCCCAAAGUGGCAGCUGGGGAUGGCAUUCCUGCCUGCCAGCAUAUCUUACCUUAUUGGCACCAACCUCUUUGGGGUGCUGGCCCACAAAAUGGGGCGGUGGCUGUGCUCCCUGAUUGGAAUGGUCGUGGUGGGGAUUAGUCUCCUUUGUGUACCUCUUGCGCAAAAUAUUUAUGGACUGAUCGGCCCAAACGGUGGGCUUGGCUUUGCCAUAGGUAAGAUGCCAAUGCAACUAAUCACUCUGUCCAAGGCAGUCCCAUAUACCAUAAUCCUUACUCCAUCCCUUUGGAAGGCAGAUGUCGCUACAACAUACCCAAUGGCUGGUUGCUGA